AUGGACGCAAGCACGCAGACGAUUGAAGUUGUGCGAAAGAACUUCGCGCAACAGACGGACGAAGGAAAGGGAGAAUGGGUAAAAGAAGAGGACGAAGUGGAGAUUUUGGAGGAAGUACAGGGAAGGAAGGAAGAGGAAGACGUGACGAUAAUUGCGGUAAUCCGUCCGCACACGUCAAGGAGGAGGACGCAAAGCGUCAAAACGCAAACCUUCACAUCAACAAAGGAGAAAGGAAUGCAAACUGAUUGGAUAAUCCGCCCAAUCGAAAUUGAAGACUCUCGAAGGUCCAACAGGGACUUCCUUCUUCGUUUCAUCUCGCGUCAGUGGUUCCUCAUGAGACUAAAGGAUGAAUUUAAGGUCCCGGAUAUACUUUCCCCUAUAAGGGAUGAGGUCGAGGACAAAGCAGAGGAAUGGAGGAAGUGGGGACCAGGAGAAGAAAAUAAAAGGAAGAGGUUUGACGACAAUGUGGAAACACAAACAAAGAAGAUAAAGAAGGAGACAAAUAAAGAAAACACUGAAAACAGCAACAUUAACGACAACAAUGACAGCAACGGAAGAAAAAGAAAGAGCACGGACAACAAGGAGAAAGAACAAGUGACAAAAAAGAUAAAGAAGGAGAUGAGGAUUAGACAGGAAGACCUCGAGACCCUUAAGGGCGAAAACUGGCUGAACGACGAGGUAAUAAAUAAUUAUCUUGAAUUGAUCAGCAACGAAGACGUCUACGUGAUGAAUUCGUUUUUCUUUCCGAGGCUCCACAUUAACGGGCACGUGGCCGUUAAAAGGUGGACGAAGAGGAUCAAUAUUUUUAAGUUUCACAAAGUGAUUGUCCCCAUUCACUUGGGCAAUCACUGGUGCCUUGCGGUAAUAGAUAUGCUCUUUGGUGAGAUUUGCUAUUAUGAUAGUUUCAAGGGCAGUCAGCCCGCCUACUUGGCAACACUCCUGGAGUAUUUAGUCCAGGAGGCGAAAGAGAAAAACGAGGUUCCUAUCAAUAAAGAGGAAUGGACCCUUGGGAAUAAAACAAACAUUCCCUGUCAGACGAAUGGGUAUGACUGCGGUGUUUUUACGUGCCAGUUCGCCCGAUAUGAGGCAACAAACAAAAAUAUCGAUUUUACCCAGGACGACAUGCCACAGAUCAGGGCAAGAAUGGCCCGCGAAUUGCAGGCGGGAUGUCUUGAAGAAUAA